CGUUAAUGUUGAGUGUAUUGUGUUUUAAGGUGUUGAGGAAAAUGCAGAGACGGCAUAGCAGCAACACUGAUAACCUUCCUCCUGAAAGUGGUGUUGUCAAACCGAGUGCCUGUGCAUUAUGGGCUGUGCACUGAAAGGAAAGAUAUUUGGAGUUGAGCAGUACAGUGGAAGUUCAAUGGACUCUGCACAUUGGUGAAGCAAUCCUUUGGUUCCUUCUAAAACGCUGGGAUCUGUGCGGAUGAAAGGUGCAGUGCAAAAUCAGCUCUGGAUCUGUAUCAGAUACAAAAAAAUGAAUAAUACCUUAUAAAUUUAACUUCAAUAAUCUAACUUUAAUAAGAUAAAAGUAUUGCUGGGAACACAGGCAAGGAUUAUUUUAAAUUAUUAAAUUAUUUUGAAGAUAUAGGGUGAAAUGUUGACCCAAUUGAAGAUCCAGGCCAGGCACCUAGAUUUCAGAGAGAUCAAGAUUUUAUCCAUAAUAUUUACCUGACAAUAAUGCUUUUUAAAUAUGUGCUGAAAGAAUCCAUAUACUCUGGUAGCAUUUUUCCAGACAACAUCAAUGUGAAUACCUUGUAUAGGUCCAUAUUCCAGUGUUAAGCUGUAUGUACUCAUCAUGUUCCUGGGGAUGCAUACAGAACUACUAUUGGUAUUUUGUAUCCAACCCUGAUAAAUGGCAACAAAUGUUUCAUCCAGUACCUGGCUGGUUAAUUCUGAACCAUGAAAAAAUGAUUCUUCACACAUGCCUGCAAAGAGACUCGCUCUGGGAGUGGGGGAUGGCUAUAAAAAGCCUUGUUGAGAGCUCUCUUAGUGGGGAGAGGUGCCUGGUGAGAAUUGGAGCUAAAUCCAGAGGGAAAUGAAAUGCAAAGUUCUGUGCUAGGUUAGAUGGCCAGGAAAGAUGAUGAGCUUGUGGAGAGACAGGCUAAGGGAGGUGCAAGCAGUGUGUGUGUGUGUAUGUGUGUGUGUUAUUUCUGAAAUUGAAGAUCUACAGGGAUUAAAAUCAGGAGAGACCAUAGCCCUGCAAUGAAUGUCUUUGUGGGUUAAGAUUAUUGCUGGGCUUUAUUUGUUACUCUCUUUGCUGCUUAGACAAUUGUUUGCUUUACGUUGGACAUUUUCUUGGCUUGUGACUUGAUUUAAGUGUCUCCUUUUGGGUCCCCAUGAGGCCAAGACCUUCUGUACAUUCACAUAAGUGCCAUGCCACUGAGUUUAGGCAAACAAAGCAUUCUUUUUCUUAGCAUUUGGCAUUGGGGUGAGACAGUCUGAAUUCCACCCCUCAUUUUGGAAACUCUCUGUAGGCUGUGGGCUAUCUCACCAGUUCAGGACACAAUCAGUGCCCAACCCAAGUCCGUUUCAGACACUUAUCUUGGAGCACAAUUUACUGGUUGAACAGAAAAUUGCUUUGUUUGGGUGGCACCAGCAAUUUGCCUAACUAUUUUUGUCUCUUGAGUCAUAUGACAGGCUGUUAGCUUUUAACUCUUUUCUCACUGUUUUACUCUGUCUCUCUCCUGAGUGAACAUCUGUUGGCCAUAUCUAAAUAAAGUGGGAAGAGCCUGAGUAUUGGGGAGCGUAGGUUAAUUCUUCCAAUUGGUCUGAUUAACUCAUUUAGAUAUAAUCCCAGAUUCUUGGUGAUAACAUUGUAAAUCACUGGAAACAGUCAUUUAUUUUACACCCAUUAUAUAUUUAACAUCAAAACCAUUUUAGAAAAGUUGGGAGGGUACUGAAUUUAGCUUUAACUGGCUUAAUUCUUGUGAGAUGCUCAGGAUGUUUUUGGUCCAUGGAUGAUGGAAAUGAUGUUGUUUGACCAGUACCUUGUAAACUCUGUAGUCUUGCGAAAAGGAAUAGUGUCUAGCCCUGGCAGCUUAGAACAUUAGGAGGAUGCUUUUCCCACUUCACAUCCUGUACUUUGAUCUCCGCCCCAUUUUGUCCAUUGGGGUUCUGUCUCCCCACACCAGAAACCGCAGUCAGACCGUCAGUUCUGAAACCAGCGUGGAUGAAGGUGGGGUUUUUGAAGGACUGAAGGCUGAAGCUUCUUCACCACAGCAGCUCUUCUCAGGGCUGGCAGGGAUCCCCUCUGGCACCAUCACAGCUACCCCAUUCCAGUCAGGUUUGGUUCUGGGCUCUUCAGCAGGAGGCGGAGAGGUCUUCAUUCAGAUGCCAGCCUCAAGGGAGGAAGGGGCCACUCGGACAGAGGGAGCUCCAUUCCACCACCGGCAACAGCCCCAUCACUACCACCAUGGCCAUCAUCGAGGAUCCUCCCUGCUGCACAUGGCUGGUGGGGAUCGCCAUGGACAUGCAGAAGAAGGCACUGAAGAUCAGGCUGGGACUCCAGCCCCAGCCCUCUCAGAGUUGAAGGCUGUGAUUGGCUGGCUCCAGAAAGGGCUUCCUUUCAUCCUGAUCCUCUUGGCUAAAGUUUGUUUCCAGCAUAAGCUCGGGAUUGCUGUGUGCAUUGGUAUGGCCAGCACAUUUGCGUAUGCCAACUCAACAGUCCGAGAACAGGUUGCUUUGAAGGAGAAGAGGUCAGUGCUGAUUAUCUUCUGGAUCUUGGCUUUCCUUACUGGGAAUACUCUCUACUUGCUUUACACAUUCAACUCUCAGCAGCUGUACAACAGCCUUAUUUUUUUGAAACCCAAUCUGGAGAGGCUGGACUUCUUUGACCUGAUGUGGAUUGUGGGGAUCACAGACUUUGUACUGAAGUACUUCACCAUUGCAUUGAAAUGCCUGAUUGUUGCCCUGCCUAAAAUCAUUCUGGCUGUCAAAUCAAAGGGAAAGUUUUAUUUGGUUAUUGAAGAAGUGAGCCAGCUGUUCCGCUCCCUUGUUCCCAUCCAGUUGUGGUACAAAUACAUCAUGGGAGAUGAUCCAUCUGGCAGUUACUUCUUAGGGGGCAUCCUGAUCAUACUGUAUAGUCUCUGCAAGUCUUUUGACAUCUGUGGUCGGUUGGGAGGUGUCCGCAAGGCACUGAAAGUCCUUUGCACGCCACAGACUUACGGAGUUCGCGCUACCAGCCAGCAGUGUAGUGAGGCUGGAGAUAUCUGUGCCAUUUGCCAAGCAGAAUUCAGAGAACCCCUGAUCCUUAUGUGCCAACAUGUGUUUUGUGAAGAGUGCCUCUGUCUAUGGUUUGACAGGGAGAAGACCUGUCCCCUCUGUCGCUCUGUUACUGUAGAAACCCUGCGCUGUUGGAAAGAUGGCACCACCUCUGCUCACUUCCAAGUAUAUUAACCCCACCUCAUCAUGGUGAUACAUGAGGAAACAGAAGAAAAGGCUGGGAAACCUAUUGUUUCUAAAUCUUAUUUUAAUUUUUAUUAGACUUGUUGUCUUGUUUUUUUGGUGAGUGCUGACUCUCCAGUAGCCCAGAGAGCAUACUGUUAAUUCUGAAGUAGGGACCGUCAUUCAACACUAACAAGAAGAGUCUUCUAAAGAGACUGACAGCAAGUGGGUUACCUCUUUGUAGUCAGAAUCCAUUUCUGCCACUCUUCACUGCUAACUUACGGCUAAGGUUGUGUCUUGACCUUUCUUUCUACAGUACAAAUUGCCCGAUUCUGGCUCCUGUUUUCUGUCCUUUUAGUGUAAAUUACUGUUGUAGGAAAAGCAUGAAGAGAGUUUCCCAUUGCAUGUAUGUAGCCUACAAUAUCGAAAGAACCUGUCCUCAACUGCCUCUCAAGAGAGCUGCUACUGGAUUCCUGACAUUAAACCAUGAUUUCUCAGGACCUGGCUUUGUAAAGCUAUGUUGCCAGUAGUAUGUCACCUGGAAAAACAUUUGAGACUCCCUGCUUCAGCAUCCUGUCCAGAGUUCUGUUUUUGGGACAGACAUAACCAUUCGCCCCAUUGCUGGGUCUGAAUUUACUAGAUCAAAAGGUCAGUCCUAAUUCAAGACCACUGAGGACAUGGUUUCUUUCAAUGAAAUCCACGUUUCAGAGAGUGAAAUCCAUGCUUUCCCUGGGGUUCACCUUUAUUAUAAAGAAAUUAGCAACUGGCUUUCCAAUCAUUCAGCUCCAGCCUUUCUCCUUAGGGCAUGUCUGUUCUUGGGGUUCCUUCCUCAGAGCUGUUCAGCCAACACUUCAGAAUCGCGGUAGGGAGCCAUUCUCACCUCUCUCAAUAAGUUGGCAGAACUCACCUGGUGCUUUCCUAGGAAGAGCAAUACCUGUUGAUACAGUGUGGUGUGUUACGUACCAACAUUGCCAACUUGUUACAGACUCAAAGUUGGAUUCUUUUGUGCUUCAUUCAACAUGCCCAUAGAUGGUCUUACAGGUCAGGUACUCUUAAAUGUUCUCUUGCAUCUAGGACAUGCAUUUGAGCAUGGCCAGGCUGCAUGCAAACAAUUCAUAUUUCUCUAGUGACAGUCAGUGAUGGCUCUUCUGACAGAAACUGUCAAUGACUCCUUCCUUCAUGACAGCUGCUAUGAAAUAAAGUGAAAUUCAGGGUGUACAAUACUUGAGGAUUUGCUUAUGAAAUCCCUGCAUUCAGGCUCCAACCUCCAUUUUAGUCAUAUUGCAGACCUUCCCUCUUCCCAACCUCCCUCUUGCCAAAACAAACUGCCUCAAUUUCAGAAAAGGACUCUUUCGGGAGAACAGUUUUUAUUAUUAAAAGGUUAUUGUCCUACUGGAUUUUGGAGUAGCAAGGGCCAGUGCUAUCACAGUCAUGGUGUCUGUCAGUGGUGCUACAGUGGCACUUGGAUGCAAAUAAUUUGGGAGUGUGUUUCCUUCUGCAUCUUAAGCUGGAGAUUUUCUUUCACUAAACAAUCUUUGCUUUUUCUGAAUGCCCUAAGAAACUGCCUCAUUAAGCAGUCAUGGCAUCUUCCAUGCUCAUUACUAUGGAAAUGGCUGUAAGGUUACAAUCCCACUUGACUGGAUAAUCAGGAAGAACUCUACCUGGGGGAAACAGAGCUGUGUGUACGUAUUGGCUGUCUUCCUCCCCUCCUGCUAUAAAAACCCCUUGGGGAAAAAAUUAAAGCAAACAGAAGUUAAUGGCAACUGGAUUUAGUCUUAGCAUUUCCUUGGAAAUAAUAGCUAAGCAGAGCCAGAGGAGAAAUAACGGAGGCAGAAUCUGAGUUAGACAUAGAGGGAAAAGUAACUGAAACCUGAAUUAAAAGAUACAUAUGAAGGAAGGGAAAGGAGAAGUAGCUUUAUUAAAAUAUAGUGAUAUAGCUUUUGUCAAAUGCUUCUUUAGAAAAGGAAGAGACUAAGCCAAGCAAACAUCUGGCUAUCUCCAAAAGGAAGGAUCCUUAAUUUUUGUAGGAAAGCAGCAGAGAUGCCAACUGGUGUAUAAUUUUGGUGCAUACAUCAGCUUGGUAUCUAUAUUCUGGGUAGAAUGGCAAAUUGGUAACCAGUCUGUGAGAAAGCAAAGGUGAAUUUAACAUGAAUGGAUUUCUGCGUUCUUGAUCUCAAAGCAGUUUUUAGUUUUACUUAUUAAUGAAUCCAACCAAUAAAAUAACAGAUUUGACUUUCAAAAACAUAUCUAAUCCCCCAAAAUUUACACAAAGAUAGACAGUCAUAUUUUAUCAACAGUGCAAUUACAACCCCAAUCAGCGUGCACAGAAGUCUUCUGUUCCCUUCCUCUUCUCCCCUGGUCUCCAGCAGUUUCUCAAUGUUUCUGUCAAUGCCAAGUGCUUCUGCUCGAAGGCUGUUCUAAAAGCAGGGUCCAGUUAUAAGGACCUAUUUCUUUGCUUGUCUUUAGGUGCAAAAAUUGUUAUAAGAGAUUAAAUCUGAGGUUUUUUUGUUUGUCAUUUUCUCCACUGCCAUGAAGAGAAAGGAAGAUCUAGGCGCAAAAUUAUCCUUUUCUUUUCUUUCCUUGUUCUGUUCCUUUUGCCUACUUUCACUGACUGCUUUCUUCCAGCUGGAAACAUGAGCAAGAGGAAGAGAGUGUGAGUAUCUUGUUAGAGGUUGAAAUGCUCUCCUGCUGCUCAAAUGUUCAGGAAAAACAUGAGGUGAGGCUUGAUGCUGGCACUCAACGAAAAAACCUCUAAGCCUUGUGAGAGCCUUUGGUGCAUUUAUGCUUCUCUCACAGCACUCUAAUUUGGUGUGAAAUCAUGAACAUCCUAAUCUGCACUUUUGUUUCACUUCAGAUCUCCCUGUUUCCUCCUUCUGUUUCAGGACCAGAUUCCAGUCUCAGAUACAUGUGUGGUUCUCUUAUGCACAAUUACAUUGUACUAGGCUCUCAUGGGAGGUCAGACAGCUCUGAGCAUGCCACCCAUUAUAAGCUUCACAUCUCAUAAUUGCAGAAACAGAAAAGGGGGUUGCCUGAUGCUGCUGGAGACUGAAAACCUCUGUCUCUCUACAGUACAGGUAGAGUGGGGUAUGUUAGAAAAUUAGGGUUAGAAGGGACCUCAGGAGGGUCAUCCGCUCCCAACCCCCUGUUCAAAGCAGGACCGUCACCAACUGUAUCAUCCCAGCCAAGGCUUUGUGUAGCCGGGUCUUAAAAACCUUGAAGGAUGGAGAUUCCACAACUUUUCUGGAUAACCUAUUCCAGUGCUUUUACUACCCUUGCAAGAGAGUUUUCUUACCUAAACUUUCCCUAAUAUCUAACCAAGAUUUCUCUUGCUGCAACUUGAGACUUGCUGCUCCUUGUUCUGUUGUCUGCCACCACAGAACAGUCCAGCUCCAUCCUUCUUUGGAACCACCCUUCAGGUAUUUGAAGGCUACUAUUAAAUCCCCUCUCAGUCUUCUCAUCUCCAGACUAAAUAAGCAUAGUUCCCUCAGCCUUUCUUCAUAAGUCAUGUGCCUCAGUCUCCUAACCACUUUCAUUUCCCUCCACUGUACCCUUUUCCAAUUUGUCCAUAUCCUUUCUGUAGUGGGAGGCCCAAAACUGGACACAGUACUCCAGAUGUGGCCUCACCAGUGCCAAAUAGAGGGGAAUAAUAGAGGAUAAAAUAGUUGCUCAGUCUGCAUGGACCAUCCAGUUUUUCACCUCUUCUGAGACUAAUUCAUACCAAAUGUAAUGAGUGUUUUGUGCUGUAGGCACUUGCGCUUCUAGGAACAGGGAAGAUAUCGGUUCAUUGUAUAUGGUCCACUAAACAGCUUUUGGCUUUGGCCCUUAUCUACUUGUAUUGGACAAUGUGGAGAUAAUAGGCUUUGUAUUCCAUUAGCAAUCCCUUGAGCUAUUCUUUGUCAUUUAAGUUGGGAUGGUAGUUCUGUGUCCCUACCAUGGAGAAGAGGCUAGGAUUCUUCUCUAACUUGGCAUUUAGAGUCUUCUGGGGAAUAGGUCUACCUCCUGCUCCAGUGGAAUUGGGAAUCAAAGCUUCCAUCCAUUUCAGUAGGAGUAGGAUUGUGAAAAGAGAUUGAAGUAAAUAUUCUUACUAUUUUAGGGAGAAAAUGAAAAUAAUGCUUUUAACCAGUGAACAACUUUUUUUUUAAUAAAGUCAUUAUAAAUAUGUACAAA